CUGCGCACCGCCGGGUGAGCGACUGGUGGGCCAGCGGCACCUGUCAUGGAGGGAGAGCAGAGAGUGGGCUUCAUCGGCGCGGGGAAGAUGGCGCUGGCCAUCGCGGGCGGACUCCUGGCCUCAGACGCUGCCUGGCCUGUUGAGUUCCUCCAGCAUUCUGUGUGAGUUGCUCUGGAUCUCCAGCAUCUGCAGAAUCUCUUGUAUCCACAGCCUAUGAGCCCACUUUCAAGGCUUCUUCGACUCAUGGAAAUGUGAAGCCUGAACAAGUGAUAGCUUCUGCUCCCUCGGACAAGAACUUGCAAAAAUUCAAGGAAGCUGGGAUGCAGACGACACACGACAACAACAGUGUGGUGAAAAAUUGUACUGUCCUUUUCCUGGCCGUCAAGCCAGCCAUCCUGCCCCGUGUCCUGGAGACCAUUUCCCAUUUCGUCACACCCGAACACCUCGUUAUCUCCGUGGCAGCUGGGAUUACCGUCAAAACACUGGAAAAUUGCCUGCCUUCGGACAGCAGGGUAGUGCGGAUGAUGCCAAACUUGCCGUGCGUGGUGCAGCAGGGCACGAUAGUGUUCUGUCGCGGAAUACGUGCCAGGGAGCAGGACGCCGUUCUCCUGAAGAGCCUCUUAUCUCCCCUUGGUGUGUGUGAGGAGACGCCAGAACCCUACAUCGAUAUCCACACGGGCGUCAGCGGGAGCGGCGUGGCAUAUGUUUACAUGUUUGCUGAGGCUCUGGCAGAUGGGGCUGUGAAGAUGGGUAUGCCGUACGAGCUGUCGAAGAAGCUGGUAGCACACACACUAAUGGGAGCUGCAAAGAUGAUCUUGGAGACCGGGGAACACCCGGCAAAGUUGAAGAGCGACGUGUGCACCCCGGGUGGGACCACCAUCCACGGCCUGUAUGAGCUGGAGAGGGGAAAUCUGCGGAGCACUGUCAUGAGUGCUGUAGAAGCUGCAACCAAGCGGGCCCGUGACCUGGGUUAACCAUGAGCACCGUGGCACCGGGAUUUCACCAGCAUUAAUACACGUUUUGCAGGCUUCAGCUCCAGCGAUGUGGGAGAGUGGGGUGCUAAUCCUUCUGAUGUGCAUGAACCUAAGCUAAAUCUUCAUCAACCAUCUGAUCUCAGUAUUAUAAAUACUAUGUACAGUGACAUCGUUACUGAUUAGCUCCUACCCAUGACUCAAGGCACCAUGUUUGGGUAAAACUACCUUUUCUCAGAUUGACUCAGAGGUCAUAGAGUCAUAUAAGGCCCUUCAGCCCAUCCAUUCUGUACUGAACUGUUAUUCUGCCAAUGACUCGCAUCCAGAUCAUAGCCCUCCCGUUUACGUAGUUAUCCAACUUCAAUGUUGAAAUCAAAUCUGUAUCCUCCGCGCCCGCUGGCAGCCUAUUCAAUAUUCUCACCACCCUCUGAGUGAAGAAGUUUCCUUUAAAUGUUUCACCUUUCACCCUCAAUCUAGUUUGAGUCACCCAACCUCGUUAGAAAAAGCCUGCUUGCAUUUACCAUAUUUAUACCCAACAUAAUUGUGAAUACCUCUAUUAAAUCUCCCCUCAUUCUCCUGUGCUUCAGAGAAUAAAGUCGUAACCUGUUCAACCUUUGCCCAUAACUCAUGUCCUCAGGUCUCGGCAGUGACGUUGCCUGGGACAGUCAGUGGAGAAGUAUGCAUUUGUUUAAAUUGAGCCUUGCAAAAAUGGGAGGCACGGCAGCCUAGUGAUGCUAUUACAGCUGGAGGUGUUCUGCAUUUCAAUUCCACUCCCAUGAACCACAUGGUUUUCCCCAGGUGCUCCAGUUUCUUCCCACAGUCCAAAGACGUACCGGGUAAGUUAACUGAUCACAGUAAAUUCUCCUGUGAUUAGGUUAGGGUUACUCGGGUUUGUCAGAAGUUGCUGAGGCGGCCUGGCUCAAAGGCCUACUUGAGACUGUAUCGCUAAAAUUUAAAAAAUAUCAGCAAUGGUGAUUGAAUGUAAAGAACUGGUUUAUAUCUGAUUUACUUUCCUUGGCAGUGCUGUUAUCGGAGCUUGGUGUAGCCAUGUGAUUAAAAGCUGGAAAUUUCUUAUGGUUUGUCAUUUUA